AGCAGCCCUGCGUCACGACACACACACACACACACACACGCGCGCGCGCGCAGAGUCCUGAAAUAACUUUACCUGGCGAGUCGCGUGUCUGUCCGUCACUCCGCGCGCGUGAGGUGGGGUUUACUGAGGCACAGGCUCUAAAUGGCGAGUCGAGGAUCGGAUGCAGGACGACAUCUUCCUCUGCAGCCUCAUCAUCAUCAUCAUCAUCAUCACACCGAACCGGCGCCAGAACCUGCUGUCCGCGAGGCGCAGCGAUGGAUAGAGGCGGUGACCGGCAGGAGUUUCUCUGACAGGGACUUCAGAGCUGGACUUGACAACGGCAUCUUACUCUGCGAACUGCUGAGCUCGAUCCGACCGGGUCUGGUGAAGAAGAUAAACAGGCUGCCCACUCCUGUAGCUGCUCAGGAUAAUGUGGCGCUCUUCCUGAAGGGUUGUGAGGAGUUGGGUUUGAAGGGAUCGCAGCUGUUUGAUCCUGGAGAUCUGCAGGACUCCUCCACACGCUCCAACAAGAGUCCAGACAACAACAAGAAGUUAAAACAUGUUCUGAUCACUAUCUACUGGCUGGGUCGAGCAGCCAAUAGCAGCGCUUCUUACAACGGGCCCACGCUGGACCUGCGGGAGUUUGAGGGACUGCUGUCACAGAUGAGAAAGGAAGCAGAGGAGUGGGACAGCCCGCAGCGCAGCAUCAGGGACAGCGGUUAUAUCGACUGCUGUGAGUCCGAGCGCAGCGACUCUCUCUCCCCGCCGAGACACACGCGAGACGACUCCUUCGACAGCCUGGACUCCAUCGGCUCACGUUCCCGUCAAACCCCCUCGCCCGACGGCCUGCUCGCCCGCGGCUACAGCGAUGGCCGUGGCAGCGACUCGGAGUGCGACACCCCCCAGAGGAAGAUGCCGGACGUGCGCAAGGACGACAUGCUGGUGCGGCGAACUUCCUACAGCGAGCCGCGGACCGCCGUUCCUUUCAACCAGUACCUGCCCAACAAGGCUAACCAGAGCUCAUACAUGCCCGCACCAGUGCGCCGCCCGCGGUCAGACCGAGACGACAGCUGCAAAAGCUGGAGUGACACAACCUCACCUGUUGGAGGAGAGAGGCCUUUCAGUGGGAGUGAAACCCUUUCGUUAGAACUGUCCUCUGCGCUAACAGGAAGUGAUGUUGACUGUGUAGAGUCUCAGCAAAUAGAUACUGAGUCUGAACAGCAAUGCUCUAGAGCGUCUCCUCAAAACGACUCUUCCCCAAAAGAUCCCAUUUCUAUGAAUCCACAACUCAGUGACCCUCAGAUUAGAUCCCCCCUCCAUCCUUCUGUCCGACCCCAACCUCAAGAGCAGAACCUCUCAGACCGUGAGAAGAUGGAGGAGGAGGAGAGAGAUGGAUGGGCCACUUUCUGCCAAAUUCCUCCAAACCCCACGGAUCCCCUUCAGAGUGAAUCACAGAUGUCCCAUAAUGAGACGGCAGGAAAUGAUACCAGAUUCAGCCGUUCAUCUAGUGUGUUUGAUGAUCCUGAGAGUGUGAGCAUGAUUGACAUGAGAAGCGAGGAAGACUCUAUGUUGCCACCCCACAGUCAAGUUCGACAUGAGCUCAUGCACAACCAGUACAACAAGCUGAAAGAGGAAGAAGACCACUGGCAGGACGACUUGGCCAAAUGGAAGAGUCGCAGAAGGAGUGUGUCUCAGGACCUGAUCAAAAAAGAAGAGGAGAGAAAAAUGAUGGAGAGACUGUUGAGUGGAGAUGGAGGAUCGCAGAGAAGGAAAAGCAUCAAGACGUACAGAGAAAUAGUGGAGGAGAAGGAGCGCCGUGAACGGGAGUUGCAUGAAGCUUACCGGAACGCCCGCACACCAGAGGAAGCAGCUUCUGUGCUGCAACGUUAUGUCCAGCGCUUCACCAUCAGUGAGGCCGUUCUUGAGCGCCUCAAACUCCCCAAGCUGCUGGAGAGGAGCGUGUCGGCUGACCCAACUCGUCACUCCUCUUUCCCCGUCUCCCCAGACUUUUCCGCUUUCAGUGCUUCCUCAAACCCGCUGCAGUACCUGAGGCAACAGUCUCUCCCCGCGGCCAAAUUCACAUCCACAGUUGAAGCACAGGUGACGGGAUACAGCAUAGAGCAGGGAAACACUGGAGAUACAGAGUGUGUUUCAGGUCCAUCUUGCUCAAAUGUGACAGCGCCCUCUCUGGGUCCAAAACCUUACAGACAGAGCAGAAAUUCCACUGCUGGGAUGAGAACAGCUAAGGUGGAGGAAGUAGUGCGAGUGAAUGGAGAAAGGGAGGAUGAAGGCCACAGCAUUGAGGAGAAGGGAGGAAGAAACAGAGAAAGAGAAGGAGACUGCCUGCAGUUCUUCCCAUCUCCUUACACAGACUCAGACCUCACAGAUCCCGAUGUGUCCGAUGGAUCCACGGUCCGGCCCACGGAGCUGACACUCUCAUCCUCACUCACACCGGAGCGCUGCGAGAACGACACAGAAACCACAGAGAUUGAAGGAGGUACAGUCCCGCAGGCCGGCGAUGUCUCUAAAUCCCCAGAAGUGUUGGAGAUUAAACCAGAAGAGACUGUUACAGAUCAAGAGCCGACAGAUGAGACGAGCGACUCUCUACAGACCGUCGUUCAGAUGGACAGCUCUUCUGCACAGGUCAAUAAACAAGCAACAGAGAUCCCACAGGAUCAGUCAAAACCAUCCGACGCAGAAUCAUACAGAACCAAACCAGAUAUGACUGAAAAGGCUGCAAAUGUCCCUCCCGCGGUGCUGAAUCUGGUGAAGCGGGCUGAACGCUUUUCUUGGAGCCCUGAGGAAGAGCGCAAGCGUCAGGAGAGGUGGCAGCGAGAGCAGGAACGCAUGCUUCAGGAGAAAUAUCGGCGUGAACAGGAGAAGUUAAAGCAGGAAUGGGAGCAGGCGCAGAAGGAGGUGGAAGAGGAGGAGAGACGCUACCAUGAGGAGGAGAGGAAGAUUCUGGAGGAGACCGUGACCCCUCUGACCCCUGUGACCCCUCACUCUCCGACCGCACCACCUGUCCUUCCCAAAACCCACAGCACUUUACACUCCCAGCCGGAGCGGGAGCACAAGCAGGGGCCGGUGGAGAAACAGACGAGCUCUGAGAGCUGCAGACGGGAAAACGGCCUCAGCGACGCAGCGCAGAGACAGACGGACAGUUUACAGAUGACAGUAAGCGGUGUGUCAGCGGGUCAGAGAGGACGAGAGAAGCCGCCGGCACUGCAGUCGGCUCAGGACACACCACUGACCAACAGAGAGAAUGAGACCUGGAGCAAGAACACAUCACAACCAAAACCUGGAGGACGCAAGAGGUCUGACUCUAUAGAGAACAUUGGGCCAUCAUCCUCAUCCUCACCUUCAUUCACAGACACACCUGCACCUUCAUCACCAAACAGGUCGGUCAGUGGGAAGAAACUGUGUUCCAGUUGUGGUCAUCCUCUUGGUAAAGGAGCCGCCAUGAUUAUAGAGACUCUCAGCCUUUACUUCCACAUCCAGUGCUUUAAGUGUGGGAUCUGUAAGGGUCAGCUGGGCGACACCAGCACAGGAACAGACGUGAGGAUCAGGAACGGUCUGCUCAACUGUCAUCAGUGCUAUAUCCGCUCGCGCACCGCUGGUCAGCCCACCACCCUGUGAACUCACUGAUUUUAGGAGCAAAAGAAAUCAAUCCAUAAACUCUCUCCAGUCCUCACAAUCUUCACGUACGUCAACACAAGCACAUCUAAACUCAAACCACUGCACCGUCUUCAAGUCACUUUCCAACACAACCGAGUUUCUGCCUGAACUGACAGUGUUUGUCGCUAAAGACGGUGCGUACUCUGACCUAGAGAUAAUUAACACUAAUGGACCUGAUUUCUGGAAUGACUUCACUUUGCUUUCAAUUUAUCUGAAUCCAUUCAAUCCGUUCUUAAAUCUUUCUUCAUCUACGGCUGAGCAUUCGGAUUGAGCUGAACUUCUUUUCAAUAGUUAUUUUUCUGUGUUCUUUGAGUGGAUUAAAGCACUGUCCAAAUAUCAAGAGAUUCCUGUCUGCAAGUUAUAUUCUUUAUUUUCAACACAUAACAUGUUAGCAUUCAUAGUGCCUCGUGAUGAAGCUGUAAUUAUGGGAACACAGUCACUGUAAUCAUUCUAUUAACUAAUGGAGUAUAGUAUGUAUUUUUAUACAUUUGAGUUGAUAAAAACACACAUGCAUGUAAACUGAGUGCUGGUUGAGACAACAGACAUCUUCACACAGAUGGAGAUCGCUGUCCUUCAGUGGAUUGAUGCUUUGGGAAGUUGUGCCUUAGGAGAGAUGCUACACCAGAAACUCAAAGAGAACGAACAAGAGUUUGGAUCCAAAGACUGUUUCUGUGCUCGUAUGAAAAAUAAUGGAAUAUUUUUGGUCAUUUAUGAUCUUCUGGAUCAAGGUGCACUUGCUCUUUGAAAUAAUGGAGUGUUUGCCUCCAAAUAUCUCAGUUUUGCCCUUUUCACAGCACAUCGUACAUCGUUUUUCCUAGCAAUAGUAUUAUGCAAAAUUAAAAUGUUUGCCCAAACUAUAAUAUUUUCUUGAACAUAUUUUUUUCCCCUUAAAUAAUUUUUUAAGCUAAAGUUAUAUACUAAUAUGUAUAUAAAAUAAUGAUCUUAUUUUAGUUUCAUUCUGAACAUGAUUGAAUUGAACACAUGGCAAAGCAAUACAAAUGUCCAUCAUAACACAAUCACUGGAUAAAUGUGUUUUAUACGGAGCGCCUAAAAGGAACACAGUGAUGGAAAAAUAUGAGAUGGGAGGAAAAAUUACAUCUUAAGGCUUUUGCGUUUCCUCACAAAUGUUUGAGUUCCUCUGAGAGAGUGUUUGCUCACAAGUUCUUUGUGAACGAACGCAAAGUUUCUCUUUUUUUCAUUUUUAAAUUUUUUCCCCUCAUCCCAUAUUUUUCCCACCAUCAUGUCCCUUUAGGGGCUCCGUAGUUUUAUGCCUGUCGACGUUAGCACAUUCAUAAUGUGUAUCUGAACAGAAGGGCAUAUGAAGGCUUUCUUGAUUGUGAAAACAGUUUGGCCUGUUUAAUCUUCUGUCAUGAUUUAUUUACCAGUUUCUCUGUGCUUCGGGUCUGGUCAUGUGUUUUAUGUUUAAAUCAUCAUAACUUUAGGUUGACACAGGGCCAAGGCUUCUGCCAGGCAAGUUAUGUGUUGUUUAGGAGGGAAAUAGUUACCUUGGAAAAUAUAUAUUACAUCUGAGGUAUAUUUAUUGAGUUAUUCAAAUCCCAAAUCUAUACUAUCCAAAAACAGAUUAAUUUGAUGUUCAAAUGCAACGGCUUUACAGUAUCCUGUAUGUUUAUAAAUAAAAUGAUGAAAAAUCUAA